ACCUGGCUACUCUACGCUUAUCCUGCAUCUCAUCCCUCUUCCUCCCUGCCUCCCGCAUUCAUGACCAAGCUGGCCGCGCUAUCUGGCGUGUCCGUGAAGACGGAGCGCAAGAUACUAGACGACAUCGAGGACCAUCCGACGUUUGUGACGGGUGUACCGAACGGCACAGAAACUGGCCUUGAUCUCGGAGGAACGAACCUUUUGCGAGUUACGCUACUCGGCAACCAUGAGUUCUCCAUGAAGCAACAGAAAUACAAGGUGUCUGAAGCACUGAAGACGGGUGAAGCUUCUGUGCUAUUCGACUAUCUGGCAGACUCUGUCGACGCGUUUCUUACGGAACAUUCAAGCGUCGGCGGUCCGAUCAGCCCCUCACAUGAUAUCGCCAAUCCUUUCAUACCAUCUCUGCGCCUGCCUUUCCCGGGCAAGAUCCUCACGUGGACGAAGGGAUUUUCAGCAAAGAACGCAGUCGGCAACGAUGUCGUUCGUCUCCUUCAAGAUGCUUUCGACAGGAAACAUCUACACGUCCGUUGUGUGGCCUUGGUAAACGAUACCGUCGGUACGCUACUUUCGCGAGCAUACAGCGCCGGAUCGUGUCUUCUCGGUGCUAUUUUCGGCACCGGUACCAACGGCGCGUACGUCGAGAAGGUCGACAACAUCACGAAGCUUGGUGACUCUCCAGCACGGAAGGACGGCGGCUACAUGAUCAUCAACACGGAAUGGGGCGCGUUCAACAACACUCGCACGAAGCUGCCGACGACGCCCUACGAUAACAAGUUGGACCGCGAGUCGAUCAACCCGCGCUAUCAAGCGUUCGAGAAGUUCAUCUCGGGCAUGUACCUCGGCGAAAUCACGCGGAAUAUCCUCCUCGCACUCGCGAGCGUUGCCCUGAACACGCACUACGGCCUCGAUACCGCUGCGUGGGAGUCGGGGCGCGACACUGAGGUCAAGGUGAACGGUCAGUCCGAUGGGAAGAGUGCACACUUCACGGACGUGGAGGCGCUGGCGAUCCGUGGCAUUCUUGUCCAGAGACUCCUGCUCGAGCCUGAGGAUGUCUCUCUGCGAGAUGCGGCGACUGUCCGCUGGGCAGCUUCGUUGGUGGCGAACCGCGCGGCAAGGUUGAGCGGUACUGCGCUCGCUGCGGUGCUUGUACAGACUGGACACGCGACACUUGAGAACAUCAUCAUUGGUGUCGAUGGCAGUUUGAUUCAACACUACCCUAACUUCCAGACUCGUCUCCGUGCAUCACUUAGUGCUCUUCGAGUUGAGAUCGAUUUGGCCAAGGAUGGGAGUGGUGCAGGAGGUAUGCCAUGCGUCAAGCAAGGCCUGUAGUCCCAUCCUCGAGCCUCGCACCUUCAUAACGACAACAUACUGUAUUACCACACACUUUAAUGUUCAAGUAGUACCAAUUGUAUCGUCCUGACGUUUGUCUGAUGUUGUUGUACUGGUUCGGAACUAGAAGAGAAGAGGUGUUGCAAUUGGUAUCUGGACUUCGUAGCAGCAGUACUAUUGAACAUAGAAUGUAGCACAGCAAGGAGAGGAAAAUCAAGUACAAUGGUACCAUGGUG